AAGGAACAAUUAACUGUCAAUCUUAUUCUUAUCAUCACAGCGCAUCAAAAUUUUAUUACUAAUAUUCUAUUUUACAGUUUGGAAAGCUUGUGUGUUUCCAGAUAGAUAGAGGCUAUGGAAACCUAAGAAAUUGUACGAAUCACUCUUCGACCAACUCAACUCCACCUUCGGCUGUGGCCAAUUGUUCAAGACCUUUCUCUCUCUUGAUGUCGCCCAACGUGGCGGUUUGCGCUUCCGCAACUUUCUCUCCGACGUUGACUUGGAGCUUCCUUCUUGCCCUUCGUAUCUAUGCGCGCUGCUUGAGGUAUUUGCAGAUGAGCUUUUAAGAAAUCAAUCUUUGAGAAGAUAUCUUAUGAAGGUUGAUUCAGUGUCUUCCACCAUUGAAAAACUUUUUGUGUGCCAUUUCAACCAAGGUGAUAUUGCCAGUGUCCUGGAGGUGAUAACUACCCAUUUCAUCAUGUCAGUUUCUAAUGAGAAAGCAUUUGAGGAUUUCACAAGUGGAUGUUUUUUUACAUUGUAACAAGGAUUUUAGAUUUCCUAAACUUAGCCUUGCGCCCUCCGUGAUGUUACUGCUUGACCCUGUUGUGUUUUCUGCACCAAAGAUGUUCCAGGCACACACAUUUUCAAUGGUUUCUGAAGCCAUUGGUUCUGGCUUAUCUGCAGAGAUUUUAGCUCCAGAUAUGAAUUGCGACCUAACAGCACUUCAAAAACUAUUAUCUUUGACUCUAUGCACGUGUCUAGUUUGCAAAUUGAAAUGUUCCUAUAAUUCAUACCUGCUUGAGAGAGAUCAGCUAACUUUUAAAGCUUAUAUACAGCAAGGCACAAGGAACAAAUUAAAUCAAGUCUUAUCAAAAUCAGAUAAUUCAUGGGACUCCUAUCAAUGCAAAAUGUCUUCCAAAACAAAAGCUGACCUUUUGGCUGACUACAUUGCAUUUAUGAAAGAUAGACAGUACAUAUUUGUUGAUUCAUGCAGGGACGCGACUACCUUAAUCUUAGAUUGUAUUAUCCAUCAAGCUUUCUCUCAGGAUGCCAUUGGAGAUGCAGUAUACCAUAUAAAGGAAAAUACUAGUGCCCAAGACAUACACCUUCUUGCAUCCAUAUUGAAGUUGAUGAGUGCUUCAUUGCUGCAGACAAUUAAGUAUCUAAGCAAUAGUGGUGAUUCAGAUUGUUUAAAAACCAUGAGAAGUGCCUCUGUGUGCGAGAAAUAUGAUUUCUUGAUCAGCAUCAUUGACCAUUUUCAACAAUUUAAGUUCUGUUUACCAAUUCAAACUUUAUUGUAUGAUGCGCUGAAAACUCAGCAAUCAAAUUACAAAGUCUCCAAAUCAAUGCUUGUGCACUUUAUAGGCUUCCUAUCUUUAAGUUUUAGCAAUGGAUUUGAUUUGAUUUGCUUGCUAAGGGGUGUAUACUCGUACUUAUGGCAAACGGUUUCCUUCACCUCCUAUAACUUAGAGGAUGCAACAGCGAAAACCUGCAAUGGGGAAAUGUUCCUUAAUUGCAUAUUAGAAGACCCCAAAAAGCUAUCUGAUUAUGAUGAUCUUGCAGAUUUCCUUGAGUGUAAGACGGGGAAAAAUUAUUCCAAGUGGUUGAAUGGCCGAGAAGUAUAUACAAACCGGAGGUAUCAGAAAAAAAUAGAUUUAAGGAAAAAGAAGAAGGAAACAUUCUGGAAUUCUUCCAAGUAUAAAAAAAUUGGCAAGUCUUUGAAGCGAUAGAACAUUUGUACGUUUAUGAAGCAUUGGAGGUGAUAGAUCUGACCCAUGAUCUUUAACCCGUCUACAUGUAAAUUGUUUAAUCUUAUCCAGUUGAUUUAUUUUAGAUACCCA